AUGGCUGAAGACUCUGUCCUCGCCCCCAAGUUCGCGCCGUUCAUCGGAAUGGCCGGCAUUGCGGCUGCCAUGAUUUUCGGAUGCAUCGGCGCCGCAUAUGGUACCGCCAAGUCAGGAAUCGGUAUUGCUGGUUGUCUGAUUCCCGUCGUCAUGUCCGGUAUCAUUGCUGUUUACUCUUUGGUUAUCUCGGUCCUCAUCGCCCAAGAUUUGGUCCCUCCCGGUGCUGGAAGCAACUACAGUUUGUUCAACGGUUUCAUGCACCUUGCCUGCGGUCUCUCCGUUGGCUUCACUGGCCUUGCGGCUGGUUACACGAUUGGUAUCGUCGGCGACAAGGGCGUGCGCUCGUACAUGGAGCAAUCACGCAUCUUCGUCGGCAUGGUCCUCAUUCUUAUUUUCGGCGAAGUCUUGGGUCUUUACGGACUCAUCGUCGCUCUUAUCCUGAACACCAAGUCCAAGGGCUAA